UACCCCCCCCCUCUCUCUCUCUCUCUCUCUCUUCCUCUAUCUCUUAUCUCCUUCGCUCCUUCCUUCUUGCAAUUCCUCCUUCUCCAUUUCUCCGGCGAGCACUCGGGCUACCCGCUCGAACCACUUCGAACUUUGACCGCACCGUGUGACUUCUCUUGACCGUUUAUCCGGCGACUUUUGAUGCCCCUCGCCUCGCGCCACGAUUCUCCAGUCAUUCCGCCGCUGCUACGCGCUUCUCUCAUUCUCACACGUCUCUUCGGCUCUUUUCGCUAGGCGCUUCCAGUGCGGCUGGCAAGUGGCACUUCACUCUAGCCGAGCGCACUCGCGGUUGGCAGGGGCCGAUUCAGUUCUCCUUUCGAGUUCAGCCGUUUCGUGUCCUUUGUGCUUUUGCCUUCGAUCCGAUACCUGGCGAACCGGCGGGCCAGCGAGGAUUUCGACAUUCUGUGACUUGUUGUCGGUGUGGCGAGUACCCGAAGAUUCGCGCAGAUUCCAAGAGAUCGCGAUCGGUUUUCCUGGCCGAGUGUGUUACGAAAGGCCACUUGUAGGACUGUUUACCUCGGGAGAGACGAAAGGAGACUCGAGGUUUUAAGGGUGGCGACACUGGAAAUGUGAUCGGUCGAGCGAGUCCAAAAGUCUAUGCGCCAGCGGCACUCGAGGAGUCCCUUCCCGGCGGCCUGCGACCAAACUUUUGGCGAUUGACAAAGUGCCGUCGAGACGUCGGUUAGGCGGCGGCAAAGCGUCGCCGGCGCGGAGAGUAAAGCGAUCUCGAGAGUUGGAAGGAGGAGCCGCCGGAGAGACGCAGAUGAAUUCGAUUCGGAGGUAGUCAGUCGAUUGUUAUGACUCAGUGCGUCAUUCGAGUUGAGUUGAAUUGGCUGAAACUUUCGAGAUGAGGGUGUUCCCGCUUCUUCCGUUGCUCUGCUUCAUCCCGACGAUCGUCGACUGUCGCGCCCUGGAGGAUGAAAGGACGCCCCGCGUCCCCAGGAAGCCCCGACAGAGAUUCAGCAUCGAUGAUCUGCUGAGCAAUCAAUUUCCCCACGUCAUCUCCGGUGACUUGGACUAUGACAUCUGUAAAGCGGUUGGCGCUGAUCUUGUUCCAGGUGGAUUUCUCGGGGACAUUGCUCUGCCGAAUAUCGAAUACGAGACGGAAUGGCGACAGCAGCGGCUGAACAGGAGCUACCUCCAGGAGUUGGAGAAGUACAGGGAUGAGAUUCUCAAGGAAGGACUCCAGGUCGAGGAGGAGGGUCUAACCGAGGUCCUGCAAUUCAAAAACGAGUACGAUGCGAAGAAUGCCAGGAAUCAGGAGGAGGAGGGGAAGGAGGAGAAGGAGGAGAAGGAGGAGAAGGAGGAGCCCGUCGCGGCCCUCGGGACAUCCGAGCCGAUUAUGCUCGAUCGCAACGAAUACAGGAUGGGCGGAGAAGGCUCCGAUACUUUCCAUUUUGCUUCGAAGGACAAUACUCAUCCUGCGGUCAAGGACGAUGGCUUUGAGUUCAAGAUGUCGGGAAGGACGCAAUCUGCUAAGAUCCGACAUGGCGGACGCAAGGCGCUCGGCCAUGCGUUUGAAUCAACUACGAAAUCCGAUGUGUCGACAACGUUGCCUCCACGGGAGGCAAUUCGAACGGCAGAAAUAACCAAUCGAAAGGACCAUCCUGCUCGCGGUGACGUCACCGAGAAUCCUCAGAGUAGCACAGUCAUUCCAGAAGCCGAAAUUAGUGCCGAGGGUCCAUCUAAACGUCGCCAUCGUCGUCAUCAUCGCAAAAGGAAAGAGCGGAAACGCCAAGAGCGACGAGAGCUCUCGUCCCUCUUGAAGGACGAGGUCGACUCCUCGGACGAGGUCAUCUCCCUCCACGAUCGCCGGCUGCGAUCGAUUGAGUUUUACAACGAGCACAAGCAAAAGUACCAGGUGAACAGUCCGGGCACGUCCAGGCAUCCCUUCUCCAGCAGGACUCGCCGAGCGGCGACAGCGCGCAAGGAGCGCGUCUGGGAUCACGGGGUCAUCCCGUACGAGAUCGACGGGAACUUCUCCGGAGCUCACAAGGCCCUAUUCAAGCAGGCCAUGAGGCACUGGGAGAACUUCACUUGCGUGAAGUUCGUCGAGAGAGUGGCCAGGGAGCAUCCGAACUACAUCGUCUUCACCGAGAGACCCUGCGGAUGCUGCUCGUUCGUGGGAAAGAGAGGAAAUGGACCUCAGGCCAUCAGCAUCGGCAAGAACUGCGACAAGUUCGGAAUAGUCGUACACGAAUUGGGACACGUGGUCGGAUUCUGGCACGAGCACACUCGGCCCGACCGGGACAGACACGUGCAGAUCAUCCGCGACAACAUCAUGACCGGUCAGGAAUACAACUUUAACAAGCUGACCGAGGAGGAAGUGAACUCCCUGGGUUUGCCCUACGACUACGACUCCAUAAUGCACUACGCCAAGAACACCUUCUCGAAGGGCACGUACCUCGACACCAUUCUGCCCAUGGAGAACCACGGCAAGAAGAGGCCGGAAAUUGGGCAGAGGAUACGACUCAGCGAGGGUGACAUCGCUCAGACUAAUCUUCUUUACAAGUGUCACAAAUGCGGGCGCACCUUCCAAGAGAACAGUGGAACUUUUGGCUCGUCGACCCACCCGAACAGUUCGCCGGUCACGGACGGCGAGCGCUGCGAAUGGCGAAUCACGGCAACUCAUGGGGAACGAAUCGUUUUGAAUAUCAGCAGCUUGGACAUAUUUAAGAGCGACCAUUGUCGAACCGAUUAUUUGGAGAUCCGCGAUGGAUACUGGCAAAAAAGUCCUGUUUUAGGGAGAUUCUGUGGAAGCGGUAAGAUUCACAAUCCUGUUGUCUCCACCGGAAGCAGGAUGCUCGUGACGUACGUCACUUCCAAUCGUCAGAGCGGCUACAGAGGAUUCAAUGCGAAUUACGAAGCCGUCUGCGGCGGAGAAUUGGAGCUGAAUGGAGUUGGUCAUCUGGAAUCACCAAAUUAUCCGGAAGAAUAUCAGUCGAGCAAGGAGUGCGUUUGGAAGCUGACUGUACCGCAGGAUUAUCAGGUGGCUCUGAAGUUUCAGUCCUUUGAAAUUGAGAACCAUGACAAUUGCGUCUACGAUUACGUGGAGGUGAGGGACGGUCACAAUGCGGAUUCGCCCUUAAUCGGCGUCUACUGCGGUUACAAAAUUCCUCCGGAUAUCAAGUCCGCUGGAAACAAGCUCCUCGUGAAAUUCGUGAGCGAUGGAUCCGUUCAAAAGGCCGGUUUCUCAGCCACUUUUAUGAAAGAAUUCGAUGAAUGCGCCCUAAUCGAUCAUGGCUGCGAGCACGACUGUAUAAACACGCUUGGGGGUUUCGAGUGCAGCUGCAAAAUCGGCUACGAGCUCCAUUCCGAUGGGAAACAUUGCGAAGAUGCCUGCGGCGGAAUCACCGACGCCAGCAACGGAACGAUCACCAGCCCUUCCUUCCCGGAAAUGUAUCCCGGGAACAAAAAUUGCGUCUGGGAGAUCAUAGCUCCUCCACAGUAUCGAAUCACCCUGAACUUCACGCACUUUGACCUUGAGGGCAAUAACGUCUACCAACAGGAGUGCGAAUACGAUUCCGUCGAAGUAGCGAGCAAGUUGAGUGAGGAUAUCUUACGAAGGCACGGGAUGUUCUGCGGCUCGAGACUUCCGCCUCUCUUGACCUCGGAAGGGAAUUCGAUGAGAAUCGCUUUCACCUCGGACAACAGUGUACAGAAAUCCGGAUUCGCCGCUGUUUUUUUCAUGGACAUGGACGAGUGCGUCAAUAAUAACGGCGGCUGCCAGCACGAGUGCCGUAACACCAUUGGCUCCUAUCAGUGCUCCUGCCACAAUGGCUUCACCCUCCAUGAAAAUGGACACGAUUGCAAGGAAGGAGGCUGCAAGUACGAGAUUACCGACCCUUCGGGAACUAUCACGUCACCCAACUAUCCCGACUACUAUCCGGGCUACAAAGAUUGCGUUUGGCACUUUACUACUACUCCUGGACAUCGCAUAAAACUGAUAUUCAACGCCUUCGAAAUGGAGCCGCACCAGGAGUGCGCCUACGAUCACAUUGCCAUUUACGAUGGGGAUUCUCCGGAGAGUCACACGCUUGGCAGAUUUUGCGGAAGCAAACUGCCACAUCCUAUUCUCGCAACGAGCAAUCAAAUGUACAUGAUCUUCAAGAGCGAUAGUUCCGUACAAAGGAAGGGUUUCAUGGCCGUUCACACCACAGCCUGCGGAGGACACUUGGUAGCAACGGAUCGCGUGAAGCAUCUUUAUUCUCACGCAAAGUACGGAUAUCACAAUUACGAUCACAGAACGGAUUGUGAUUGGACCAUAGAGGCGCCCCUUGGAAAGAACGUCCACCUGUCCUUCAUGUCCUUCCAGUUGGAGGACGAGAACGAGUGUGGCUACGACUUCGUUGAGGUGUACUCUGGUUUAGACUCUUCCGGUCCAAGUUAUGGCCGAUUCUGUGGAAAUUCCAACACCACGGACAUCAUAUCAAUGAACGAGGCGUUGCUGGUUCGAUUCCGCACCGACGACACGAUAACCAAUAAAGGUUUCUCGGCUGCAUUCGUCGCCAUCGAGAGGCAAGACAGCGAGGAGACCCUUAGCGGCGGGGAGGACGAGGACGAAAACCUUUGAUCGAACGGAAACCUUCUGAUCGACACGCUCGAUUAGGAAUGAUUAGGUUUGCUCUCGUGCGACUUUACGGGCCUUCUACUUAGCUCGCACGUUAGAGCCGAGUAUUUAUGUUUCCUUUAUUUCCUUUUGACAAUAGGAAUUCCAUCCUUCAAGUAACGACCGUGACUAAUUUAAUUAAUAAUUACUCGUGAACACUCAUUAGUAUGUAUGACCUAUCGUUCGGCCUUAGCCGAACCUAAACGUGCCAUGUAAUUUAGCUAAAAGGUAACGUAUUACUACUGCGAGCUCCGGCAGGAUCACGAGUCAAAUCCACGAUGGAUCGCCAGUAUUCACUAGCUGACUUGUGCGCGACUCACUAAUUCAACAUUUCCCGCCCACUUUCCUUAUCUCCAUCCAUUUAUCGAGUUCCUUGUCCCUGCCCAAGAUCCAAAGAACGAAAAGAAAAGUAAAAGCGGAUUCGAGCAACGGAACCCAUUCGAUCUCCAAGUCGGCUAACAAUGAGAUUGAACUUGGGGAUCGAGGGGACUAUAUACUAUAUUGUACAUAGAUAUAAUUAAAGGCAGGCUUGAACUUUGUGCUGUUUUACAAGUGGUUCUAGAAUGUAGAGCAAGAGUUUCCGAAAUGCGACUAAAGGAAGCCUCGAGCUCCCACGCUCAGAGCUGCAUGCAUUUCAUUUUCGAAGCUGGGACUUUCGAUGAACGAGGCCAGAUAGACAGUAGUAGGCUGUGUGCUUCUGACUCUUCGUUUUCUCUCCGUCUUCAGAAGAUUCUUCAAGGUUUCGGCUAUGUACCUUCCUCUUUCGCUCUGUCCUGCGCGCCGGUAUUUAUUUAAUUAAUUAUAUAUAAUGAGUGUGUAAAUAUACUAAUAAUGUCAGAA